AUGGGGUUUCUAGCCAAACUACUGGCGCCGCACGUCGCCGGCACCACCCCGCCACCAUCACCAUCCACAGACACAACCACCCCCUCCUCCUCGUCCUCCUCGUCCUCCUCGUCCUCCUCGUCCUCCUCGUCCUCUCCUCUCCCCUCUCAAUCACCAGCCGCCACCGCCGCCGCCGCCUCCGCCAUCCGCUCCCCAACACCCGCUCCCCCCGAAAUCGACACCAGCAGCACCGCCCACCUCUCGCCUCUCCAGCGCCAAGCCAAGCAGCUCAGCCUGCUCCUCCUCGGCGCCUCCUUCCUCUCCGCCUCUGCGUUCAUUACGCGCCGCGCCGUCCUCCGGCGCCAAGCCGAGUUUGUCCCGCGCUUCUUCCACUACUCGCACCUCGCGCCGGGCAGCGUCGACUCGGCGGCGCGGUCCUCGCUGGCGGCGCAGGCGCUGGGGCUGGCGACGCUCAAUGUCGCCGCGUUUGGCGUGCUGCUUGUCGGGGGCACGGCGUGGGGGUUUGAUUUGUGCUCGGUGGCGGAGCUGCAGGCGCGGACGAGGAUGGCGGUGAGGAGGACCGGUACCGGCGGCGUGUUAAAGGAAGAGGAGGAGAGGGAGGUGGAUAGGAUGGUCAUGGGGCUGAUGGAGAGGCUGGGCAUGGACGUGGAGGAGAUGAAGGAAAAGGGAGGAGGGGGGACGGAGGGGGGGGUGGAGGAGAAGCCCAAGGUUUGA